AUGCUUGCCACGUUGGGAACAUGGGAUGAGGGAAUCCGAACAUUCCUUCAAGAGGCAGCCCAAAAGGGUCCUCAACCUUUGGAUAUGGACUAUGAAGAGAGGAGGCGAAUGACGCACGAACCUCGUGUACGACGUCAAUUAGAACUAGAGGACCAAUGGAAAGGCACUUUUAUGGAAGGGAUAUGGAAAGGAAUGCGCCGUUUUGCACGUCCUGUGGACGAUUACAAGGUAUCGGAGAAUCGUUUUUAUGAAUACCUCGUUUCAGUAGGUAUUUCAAGUGAGUUUUUAGGGAAUAAACUUUAUAAGGUUUUCCAAUCAGAGGCAUGCCCUGAAGUUGAUUUUCUCCGUGUUUGCAAAGCGAUCCAUCUAGGUUUGACAGAGAUUGGUACAUCCUUCAAAUUUCUCGAACACUGUUACAAGUCCCUUGCCCAAGGUCCCGUUUCCGAAGAACUGGAUUGUGCUACUGUCAUGCGUGCAUGUGAGUUGCAGCGUCGCAUGAAUGCCCAAAAGACAGCAUCAACGGCCUUGGAGUUGAAGUUGCAACAACUGGAGGGCGUUUUGCAGUAUUUUGAAGAGACAGGGGAGACGAGCGUUGACAUUGGCGUUUUCCGUUUCAUGUUCUUUGAAGAAAGGUGGCGUUAUUGGGCGGGAACUUUUAUCAAACCAUUACUUGAAGCAGCUGCAAAGUACUUUAGCUUUCCAUACGGUGUUUUCCCUACCAUUCCUUUGCGGUGGACGAAGACGACUGAGCCUCUGUCUUACGACAGCCAUGAGGUGUACGAUGCCGAUUCUCUUCUUCUUAGAAAUGUCGAAUUAACGGGAGGUGAUAAUACUAUCAAGAAAAAAAAAAGCCGGAAAGGUCUUAGUACUUCAUCUUCAAGGAAAAAGUGA